GAUCCAAACAUGUAGCCGACAGAUUUCAGGUCUGGAGAGAAGUUUUAGCCCCUCUGUGUGGAAAUAAUCAGAUGAGAGAUGGUGUGAUCGAGCGCUUCCUCUACGGACUCUCCAAACAUACAGACGUACAGUGAAGAGUUGGAUGGAGAUCUGGUCGGAUGACAGCUGGAACUGUGGUGAUAACCGGAGGAAUUCUCGCUGCAGUGAUUCUGCUCUGCAUCAUCGUCGUGCUCUGCUACUGCCGCCUGCAGUAUUACUGCUGUAAGAAGCAUGGCUCUGAUCCAGACGCAGUUUGUCCUCAGCCUCAGUUGUCAUAUGGUGUGGACGGGAUGGUCUGUGCACCUUUGUCCCCGUCGCCGGACUCCAACUUCUGUCCCUCCUGCUCUCCGUACUCCUCCACAUUUUACAUCCACAAUGGCGGAGAGCGGCUCAUUUAUCUGCCGUCACAAUACAGCAACACCCGAGCCAUGAGCACUGAUGUCUGAUCAGUUAUGAGCAGGAAAUAAAGGACUCUUCAUACUUACUUUUUACCGUGUAAGAAUUAACUGUCUGACAAAAUAUUUCAUACACUUAUACAGAUCUAUCCUUGAACAUGUUUGUUCAUCUCGAUUUGUGUCUUGUUAAAAAAAAAA